UUCGGCGAUUUCGUACCGGCGUACAAGCUGGACGCGCACAAAGGGAUCGCUGUCUGCUCGUUGUACUUGUUAUUUGGAAUUGCUUUGCUGGCGAUGAGCUUUAAUCUGGUGCAAGAGGAGGUCAUCAACAACGUGAAGAACGUCGCGAAGAGGCUCGGCAUCAUCAAAGAGAGUGACGACGAGGAAGAUGCCGACGACUACGGCGCGUACGACGUCGAAUACAAUGACGAGGUCGACAACGAGCUCGAGGGCUACGUCCUCGAUGAUACCCCU